AUGCCUCAAACUCGCAGCUCUACUAAGAGAGGCAUCGCGCAAGUCAGCGCCGACGGUGCCAUAGAGGAUCCAAAUGACCGUGGCGAGCAGCUUGCAAAGCCAGGCCUGCAAGUCUCCGAUGAUAGCUGUUCUAUUGAGUCUCCAGACGAGAAUCGUCCCUCAAGCUCCACGGAUGAGGACCGAGGAGAACUAUGUGUACCAGUAGGAAUCACUGGCCAUGAAGUCCCUCGGGAGGUGCUCGUGGACAGACUCGUUGGAUGGCAGAAUAAGUACGGCACGGCGGUGGGUUGGUUUGAGGAUAAGAUCCAAUACAAUGUGAAAAAUUUGAAGCAUUUCCUCAACAUCUUCUACGAGUCUGGUAAUUCAGAUCAAUAUAGCAUGUUGAAGGCAUACGAAGCUCUCAACGACGAAUGUCGGUACACGGCUUGCCACGGCUUCUGCCAUGUCACUUGGUCAAGUUUGCGGCCGGACGAGCAGGACAAACUCAGGGGUUGGGCACCCAACGCCGAGCAACUCAUGGUCAGCAGCACUGGCAGAGAAGCCCUCUUCACUGCAUGGAUAUGGCACAUCCUUGUCGACAAGGUCUUCUCCGCAGAUCCCUCCACCAAAUGGGAAGCGGCCAACGACACACGUCCAAGGGCAGCGGCCUGGCACCAUGUGGCCCAGGCUAUGAGCAUCUUGCAAAAAUUUGAUUGCCAAGAAUGGGACGCCGAGCCGAAUGGCGGGUUCGCCACAAAGUAUCACAUAUGGAGGGCGCUGUCUGCGGAGCUCUCGCGCAGGGCGUCCGGCGAAGCGGGGACACUGCCACGUGAAUACGGAGCACAGCUCAUCAAGGACGAGCUGGGCCAUCUGAUGGAUACUGAGAAGGUCGCAUUAACAUUGGAGCACUUGAGCGACAGUGCUACGAACCUUGACUUCUUGCUGAUGAGCCGUUCGGUCAAGACGGAGUUCAGGUGGCAUAGAAAGCAAGACCCGCCUACCGGAUUCCGAUUCACAAAGGCCCUCGACGAAGGCGAGUAUUACAAGCCCAUGCUUGAGAAUGUGCUGCACUUGACGUUCAGCCUGGAACCGGACCCCGAUUUCGAAGGCGCACCGGUUGAGCUCGUCAGUAGCCCUGGCAUUGCAUCCAUAGGAAGGCACUUUCAAGAACCGUGGAACCACACCAGGUGGGACCAGUGUUCUUGGCUUGCCCCAAUGACGACGGUCGUCGGGAACAUUCCCGGCCCAGAUCCGGUAUAUAAACCACCGACCGAAGCCGAACUGAAGCGGAGCCUUGACUUUAUGGCGAAGUUCAUCGGAGAACGGCCCAAAUCCAUAUUCGACAAGCCUAAACCACCGGGCGGUGUUUGA